AUGCGAUGCAACGUCCGAGCGAGACUAGCAUGGCAUUUGCUGAUUAUCAUUACAAACAACGCGAGGCUUCAUGGCCAUGCCCACGAUCGUCCCGGCCCAACUUCGGCAUCCGACUGUGUUGCCAGAGUCACCGGCCCAGGAACAUGUCCAGACGUUACAUUAGACGCAAGACCCUUGACAGGCUGGUCUCUUGUUGGCCGCUGGGCAUGGCAGUCAUUGACACCUCAUGUGCUCCCCCGCCUUUCUGGCUUUUGGCUCGACUACCACGUGACGAACAUCCCCCUCAGCGUUUGGAUUUCGGUGCAUUCAAAACCUCUACUGUCGCCAGGUCCCCUUGAAAGAAAAAUCAUUAAUAGAAUCGCCAACUCUGGAACCUCGUGGAGCAGAAGAAUGCAGCUGAGGCGUCUCUCCUUGCAGGGCCGCCGUCUUCGCCGCCCUGUACGAUGA